UAAACUCUUCUCACAGAAAGAUAACUGACGAGGAAGGAUUCAGUGUAAUUAAAUAAAGUUAAAUACGAUGCAAGUUAAAAGAAUCGUGGCGAAGGAUUACCAAUUAAUUCAUUGAUUGAGUAAUAAUUGUUAAAAAUUUGAAAACAUAAUUUACGAAGUUUACAACGUCACAAAGAAGUUUAUACGUUUCCGUAAUGUUUGUCCAUGCUUCAACGUCGUUAUAAUGUUUUUUAAUAUGAUUUCAUUGUUUCGUACAAAAUAAGAUGAAAUAUGAAUUUGUCAUCAAAAAGCGGUCUUACAAAGUUCGAAUUAUUGAAGUUAAAAGAUAAUUUGUUUUAUCGGAAUUAUGAUUUAUUUUCUCUAUUGCUUUUUAAUUUGAUACAAUUUUUUUGUGUGGCAGGUGAAAUUCCCCAGAUUGUGUUGGUAUCUAGGUAUAAACUGUAGAAAUACGCGUGUUUCGUUUAAAAUUAUGUAAAAAAUAGAUAUUUAAUACUAAAAAAGUGGCAUUUUCGUGAAAUUUUAAACCCAAAUUCUACAAUCAUGGGGUCUGCAUAUUAUUCGAUGCUACCAUGUGGUCGGUUUUAUCCUCAGGAAAACUAUGGAGAAAAGCUGAAAUGCCAUACUUGCAAAAAUCAAGGAAAUCCUGACCAACUUAAUUUUGAAGAACAUUAUUCUCCACUUCGAAAUUUACUGAUCAUCGACAAAAUUUUGGACCAUCUCGACCCAGCCUCCACCCUCUCAGCCAGAUUGAUCAGUUCCUUAUGGAAUUCAGAAAUCUGUCGAAGAAUCAACGGCCCUAAAAAAUCCGUCCAAAAAUAUAAAACCAUUUCAAACAAAAUUCAACACUUGAAAUUUUCCGCUCACUCGGAACUCGUUGACUUGCUAAAAUUUUGCAACUCUGCCUGCAGAAAAUUCUUCAUGACGUCGUUCUACUUUAAAUUACUGCCAAAAUUCAGCAUUUCCAUGUUGAGCGAAACUACGUUCUCCAACUUUCUCCAAGAUUCCAUUACACGGGUGAAAAUUGCCGUCUACACGAGCCACGUUUCCCAGUGGUUCGACCUCCUCAAGAAAAUGCGGGCUUUGAAACACUUGUACAUCAUUCGAGUUCCGGAAUUCGGCCGGGCUAAUUUUCAAGACGCCGGGAACUACAAACUCGUUUCGAACUAUGACGAUAAAAAUUUAAUUUUAGAAAAUUUGGUCACCAUUAAAUUAAAAAGUUUAGCUUGUUCCGAACAUUUUUUCAGGUUUCAUGAUUCCGAUUUGAACGCGAGUUUGAUCUCAUUUUUGAAAUGUACGCGGAACGUGAAGCUCCUGCAGUUUGUCGGUUGGCCAGGAAAAGCUGUCGAGGUUUUGGACAAGGUGAAAGUUUUGGGUGAAAAUUUGGAAAUUUUGCGCAUCUCGGGUGGGAGAAAGUUGGGGGAGGAGGAUAUCAAAGGAUUGACAGGAAUGGACUUUCCCUCCAUGAAAAGGAUCGAGCUCAACGUUUUAGAGGAGAAAAGAGGUGGCGUUGGAGACCACGUGUGGGGAAAGUUUAUGGAGAAAGUUGGUCAGAAAGUGAGAGUGGUGAAAAUUGCUUGGCAUACUUAAUUUUAAUUAGUAAUUAAUUAAUAAUUAAUUAUAGUUUGAUUUUUUUAUAAUUCUGUAAUUAUUUUUUAAAUGAAUCUUGGCGAUAAGUCAUUGAGUCCGACUUUUAGGAAUAAAGUUUUCAACUUGGUUUAAAAAAAA